AUGAUCAUUCGACAUUCGUAUCAAACAUCCCGAAAAAUUGACAUUUCCAUUCUUUUAUCAAUCAAUGCUAUUUGUUUACAUAUAUCAAAAAGCAUUCUUCAACUGAUUAAUGCCAAUAUCAAUACAAUCAAAUACGAUUUUCAACUCCGAGUCGAACCGUACGAUUUAGUCAUCUGUCAAUCAUUAGCAUACAUGUUUUUCUCGGUCGUCAGUGCACUGUACUGGAGUUGCGUUCUUCAUGCUGGAUAUCGUUUCAUUCGUAUUUUAUAUCCCAAACGUUUGUGGUUACGUCGAUUGUCCACUUACAUCUAUGUUUUCAUUCCCGCUCAACUUGUUAUCGCCUUCGCAGGAAUGUCACCGAUUCUAUUCGUUUUUCAUUCAAUACACAUCGUACCUGAUGAAAUCUAUUGUAGUAUAUCGAUGGAGAGACUGCCAUCGUUAAUUUAUCUGUUUGUAGUACUUUUCUGUUUGCCUUGUUGUUUUAUUGCCAUGUUUUAUGUCUAUUUGGUUCACAAAGUACGAUCUUUAACCUCAGUUCGAGUUUUAACACGAAGACAUCGACGAGAUUAUAUCGUGAUUCAUCGAAUUAUAUUAAUUUUAUGUGUACUAAGUAUAACGUCUUUACCGGCAGUUAUAAAUUUAGUAUUUUUUAAUCCGAAUGGUCGAUUAGAGCCCGUUAUUUACCGGAUUCAGUGGAUGGCCUCAUCCGUAAAUUCAUUUAUAUUUAUUAUUACAUUGCCGCUUGUUAAUUCACAAUUGUAUAGAUUAUUGACCAAGCGAAGCAACUUCAAACAACGUGAUAUGAGACUAACUUCAGUUAGAGUAACUGGUUUUUCAGAUAAUCGUGAUGGUUCGAUGUAUGGCACACUGAGAACACGGAUUUAUUGUAAAUAA